AUGCUCGCCAUGUACGUUGACGCCGGGCACAAGACUUGGGAUGAAGUCCUCCCUUACGUCACCUUUGCGUACAACACCACACCACAAGAGACAACGCAGAUGACACCUUUCGAACUUGUCUUCACCCGCCCAGCCAGUUCCAUGCUGGAUGCAAUGUUGCCCCACGUCGACGACAGGAGCGCCCAUGGGUACGUGGCCGAUUUCCUUCAGCGUGCCGAGGAAGCCCGCCAGCUCGCCCGCAUGCGUAUCAAAGAGCAGCAACACACGGACAGCCGAAUCUACAACCUACGACGGCGCGACCAGAAGCACGCACCCGGUGACCGCGUUAUGGUGUGGACACCGAUUCGCCGCCAGGGCUUCAGUGAGAAACUCCUACGCCGGCAUUUUGCACCAUACAAGGUAACGCGACGACUCGGGCCCCUUGUCUACGAAGUUGUACCUGAUGGAGUGACACAAUCACAGCAGUGA